CCGCCCCGCUCCGCGAAUGCCGGGAAUUGUGGUCCCGACGGGACGCGAGGUCUCAGGCGGCCCCAGGGGCCGCGGGGCAUGCUGGGACCGCUAGCCCUUCCGGGGCGCCUCGGACUCGGGUCCCGGCACCCUGGCGGAUGCCCAAAGACUCCGCCUUCCCAGGGCCCCUGCGGCCCGGCGCGAAGAUGGCGGCGGCAGCGGCAGGGCGUCCCUGAAGCAGCUACGAUGGAGCCUCCCCCGGCCCCGGGGCCGGAGCGGCUCUUUGACUCGCACCGGCUCCCGGGUGACGGCUUCAUGCUCCUCGCGCUGCUGCUUUACGCGCCCAUCGGGUUCUUCCUCGUCCUGCGUCUCUUUCUUGGGAUCCACGUCUUCCUGGUCAGCUGCGCGCUGCCAGACAGCGUCCUUCGCAGGUUCGUGGUACGGACCAUGGCUGUGCUGGGGCUGGUGGCUCGGCAGGAGGACUCCGGACUCAGGGAUCACCGCGUCAGGGUCCUCAUUUCCAACCACGUGACACCUUUCGAUCACAACAUAGUCAACCUACUCACCACCUGUAGCACCCCUCUACUUAAUAGUCCCCCCGCUUUUGUGUGCUGGUCUCGGGGCUUCAUGGAAAUGGAUAGGCAGGGGGAGUUGGUGGAGUCACUCAAGAGAUUCUGUGCUUCCACGAGACUUCCCCCUACCCCUCUGCUGCUGUUCCCGGAGGAAGAGGCCACCAAUGGCCGGGAGGGACUCCUGCGCUUCAGUUCCUGGCCAUCUAUCCAGGAUGUGGUACAGCCUCUUAUGCACGUUCAGAGACCCCUGGUCUCUGUGACGGUGUCAGAUGCCUCCUGGGUCUCAGAACUGCUGUGGUCACUUUUCGUCCCUUUCACGGUUUACCAAGUAAGGUGGCUUCAUCCUCUGGAUAGAGGCACCUCCUUGGGAGAGGAGUCCGAAGGCUAAGAUCUUGACACUUCUAAACUUGCAAUUUCCUAGCUUUUGGCCAAGGAAUUGGGACAGACAGGGACACGGCUCACACCAGCAGACAAAGCAGAACACAUGAAGCGACAAAGACACCCCAGACUGCGCCCGCAGUCAGCCCAGUCUUCUUUCCCUCCCUCUCCUGGCCCUUCUCCUGAUGUACAACUGACAACUCUGGCUCAGAGAGUCAAGGAAGUUUUGCCCCAUGUGCCAUUGGGUGUCAUCCAGAGAGACCUGGCUAGAACUGGCUGUGUAGACUUGACCAUCACUAAUCUGCUUGAGGGGGCUGUGGCUUUCAUGCCUGAAGACAUCACUGAGGGAACUCAGUCCCUGCCCACAGCCUCCACCCCAAAGUUCCCCAGCUCUGGCCUGGUGACCCCUCAACCCACAGCCCUAACAUUUGCCAAGUCUUCCUGGGCCCGUCAGGAGAGCCUACAGGAGCGCAAGCAGGCACUAUAUGAAUAUGCAAGAAGGAGAUUCAGAGAGAGACAGGCCCAGGAGGCUGACUGAGCUCAAAGGAACAGGAUGGCACCCAGAGCCGCAGGACGGAGACUGGGGGCAGCCCUCACCCAACUCACAAAAGGCCGGAUGAGUGGGUGGUAAAAGGGAGGGAAUGGGGCUCCCCCAAUCUCACAUUAAAUUCAGGGUUUUCACUCAA